AUGAGGGUCCAACCAGAUACACAUCAUGAUCAAGAGCAAGCGGUGAAUGCAAGUAAAUGUGAAGAAGCAUUUCUCUGGUUCGUAAAUUUAUGGCGUCAAAGCCAAAUUGGACACCGGAGCGAGUACUCCGUCGAGCGUCUUCUGGCAUUUCGAGACUAUUACAAGCGCACCUCCAUCACUCGUGUCGUCGCUAUUUGUAUCUUAACUCCAAUUCCUGCAAUUACAGUGACGCUUCUAAUCGAUUGCACUCCAUUAAAAUCCCCAUCCGAGGGUUGGCAAGCAAAUUACGCCUUCUGGUUCCGCUGGUUCUUGGCUCUAGUCGCCGUCUCGUUUGGUGUCGCUUUACAAGUCCGCGAAGCCAUUUUACCAGGGGUCAUCUCCAACACUGGAGCUGCUGUUAUUACGUUGGGAACUUCCAUUGUAGAUGUAUCUGUGGCGUUUGUUCUAGCAGUGUUGUGGCAAUUCCCGAUUCCGUUUGGAUACAUUUUAAUGGUGGGACCGUAUCUGCUGAUUGUCUUGAGCUUUACGUUGCUGGUCAUUGGAAGGCAGCGACUUAACGAGUCGCCAAUUCUUCGCCAGCAGAUCAAAGCGCAAGCCACGGUAAUUUUUGCUCAAGGAUCAGUGGCAAUGGCGUAUCCAAUUUUCACUGCGAUCUUCUAUCGACUCUCAGGACCCCAGCAAACUGUAUUCAUCAUCGUGAUUCCCUUGUUCAAGCACAUCACCAAAAUUAUUAUUGCCAAUGCAGCUGGAGGUCUUCAUGAAUACGUCGGUCCAAUCGUGGUCUUCUCGGUCGAUGUUUUUAACGUCUUCUACGUUGCAAUUUGCAUGCAAAUAUCAAAGACAAUGCUCACAACUUUACUUAUCAUCGCCUCAGACGGCUUCCAUGUGCUCGUCGCUCUUCGGGGUAUUUUUCGCCAAGCUAACGUCAUCACACCUGGAACAUCAUGCUCAAUAAAUUACGUGGAAGAUUUACCAGUUAUGCUACGCAAAGUAUUCAAAACUCCAAAGACAUUGGCGCAUGGCUAUCGAAUUCGAGUGUCUGCACCAUUUCCAUUACCACUAGCGGACGAAAGUCGUGCGUUCUUAGAAAAUAUUUCAAGAAACCAACAGAAAAUUCCAGCUUUGAAUGCAUCGCAAGUGCGUACAACCGGUCCCUCCAGACUUCUCACACUGAUGCAGCCAGACACACUCCCGUCAGCUAAGGCCACUAUGAAGAGUGUCACAACAAAAGAGGCUGCUUGUGACGCACUCCAGGCACUCUUUCAUUCCGAAUACCUCCUUAUGACGGAGUAUAUCGAGUGUAUCUUGCCACUUCUGUACGCAAUAUACUUACCGAUUCUUUUUGAGCUACCAGCGGCUCCUUACUACCCACAAACAGCGUCAUCGACCCCCGAGAAGUUGAGGAAUGAUGUUAUCAACAUUUUAAUGUUCGGAGCGGUCGAGAUGACCGGAUUCGUUGGUCUUCUCUUCAUUCUCAAACGGAAAUUUGGAAUUUCCCCACUUUAUCAACUCGCAUUUGUACUAGAGACUCAGAUGUGUACUGUACAAGGUCAUCUCUUUGUAUGGACUGUAUUCAUCUUACACAUGCCGCUGAUGCACUAUGGAGUUAAUUACGCCGUCCAAUUCAACUAUUGA